CAUAAUUGAAAUUAUAUAUAAUUCACGUGUUGACGAAACGUUAGGAAAUGUGAUUACGAACUUUAUGUGUUGUAACAAAUAUACAUUUAUAAAAUAAUAAUUUUAAAUUGAAAUUUUGGUACUGGUUAAAAAUUAUUUAGUAUAGUUAAAAAUGGCAGUUAGAAAAGCACGUUGUAUACGUGAACCGAUGCAAAAGUCUAUACAACAUGUGAAACAUAUAUCUUCAAAGCAAAUGAAUGAAAAAGAUAAAAAAGCAAUUGUUAUUGCACAAGAAAUUAAAUUUGCUCGAUUACUCUCAUGUAACGAUAAAGUAACUCGAGAUAGAGUACUAAAAAAUUUAAAAAGGUGGUUAAUAGUUCGUUCGCAAAGUACUCUUGCACUUACAAGGGCGGAUUUUAUGCGAUUAUGGAAAGGUUUAUUUUAUUAUAUGUGGAUGUCAGACAAACCUUUGAUUCAAGAAGAACUAGCAGAAUCUCUUAGUAAAAUUGUACAUUGUUUAAAAAAUAAUGAGGUAGUAUUACUCUAUACAGAAUGUGUUUUAAGAACAUUAGGUAUUGAAUGGUUUGGUAUAGAUCAAUAUAGAUUAGAUAAAUUUUGCAUGCUAGCCCGAAGAAUAAUUCGACAGACUUUCCAGAAAUGUAAAGAGAAUUUAUGGGAUAUUGAAUGGAUAAAAGAUAUUUCUAAAAUAUUUGAAAAGUUAUUAGUUGAUCCAAGAAUAUGUCUUGGUUUUACUAUGCAUAUAACAGAAAUAUAUCUAGAAGAACUUGCAAAAAUCAGUGACGGAAAUAUACCAGAAAAUGUUGUUACAGAAUUUAUUAAACCAUUUAUUUCAUAUUUUAUACUUAUGGAUGAUGAAAGACAAAUUAAACAUGUAAUGAGACAUAUUUUUAGAUAUCUGAUUUUUCAAUCAGAUAUUGGUAUGGAUUAUAUGGAAAAAUUUAAAGCUUGGAGAAGUGCUGGUUUUCCUGCUGGUUCUAUUGAUGCUAUGGAAAAAAUAGAACUGUCAGAUGAAGAAGAUAAUAAUAUUACCAGAGACGUAGAAAUUUAUCUUGAAAAACAAAUAAAAUAUAAUACAGAGAAACCACUAGAUCCUAGAGCUGGUAGAAUAGAUGUUGAAUUGCCACAAAUACCUUUUAAUCCAAGACAGAUAGCUGAUUUGUUAAAUAAGUAUAAAUUUCAUUCCUUAUCAACAACAAAAUCACGUAGACAAUUACGUCGUCUUAUUAAAGAGUUUAUAGAAUUAUCAGAUGGUAAAAUGCCAUUAGGCAUUAAAGAAAUAAGAAUUCCAAAAAUGCAAAAGAAAAAUACAGAUAUAAAGUCAGCUGCAGUACGUCUUUUAAAAUUUGAGCAGGAAUUAUAUUCGGAUACGCUACGAAAAGGGCGCAAAAGGAAAAAGAAUAAGCAGUUAAUACAAGAUGAAAGUGAUAAAUUUAGUGAAGAAAAAUCAGAAAAUAUUAACGAUGAAACUAAUCGUGAAAAUAAUACUGUAGAAAUGAAUAAUGAUGAAACUAUUAAAAAAAAAAGAAAAACGAAGCAUAAAUUAGACUUUACUGAUAAUUUAAUAAAUACAAAUUCGCAAAUAUUAGAUGAAAAUAAUUUGAGUUUGAAGAAAAGAAAAUUUAAGACAAAAGAAAAUCAGAAUAUUUGUAAAGCAGAUGCAAAAGAUAGUAAUUGUAAAUUAAGAAAUAAUUUUUCAUUAUUAAUUGAAGAUAUUGAUGAAAAUAAGAAAAUAAAAUUAAAAAAGAACGAGAAUAUAAUUUCCAAAACACUAAACAUUGACAAACAAGUAAAAAGAAAAAAGUCAACAAAAUCAAAAGUUACUGGUAAAUGGAAUGCUUCUGAUAAUAUAGAACCAUCCACUCUUUUGAUGGAUAAUAACAGCACAAAGUCAUGUAUGGAAAUUAAUGAAAAUUCAGUUACAAGUAACCAUGAGCAAAAAGAUAAUGUAUAUAGUAAACAACCAACUUGGUUGGUACCUAUAUUAACAAAAUUGGAGAAUAAAAAAAAUGAAACACCAAUAAGCUUAAAAAGAAAACAUGAAAUAAGUACUACUACAAGUUCUAAAAAACGAGUGAAAAUUGCUCUUCACUGUAAUACAGCUCAACAUACAUCUGAAUAUAUUUCACAAAUUCGGAAAAGUCCAGCUAUACCAUUUGAUGCAAACAAGAAACCAUUAGCAGGUGUACUAAAAGCAAGUCCUAUACCAAGUCCAAUUAAUCCAUUUUAUAGAAAAAAUAUAUAAAAUGUUUAUUAAAUGAAUAAAUGAAGUAAUAAUUAUUUGUUAAUAAAACAAAUAACACUACGAUUUUUUCAAAUAAA